UUCAUUAAGAUAUGAUCCUAGGCUAUUAUUAUCAAAUCAUGCCCUAUAUACUUUACAAUCUUUGGCAAUAUUCUGUAGAUAUAUAAAUCCAUGAUUAAUUUAAAGUAAUUCAUCAAUGAAUAUCUUAUCAUAAACAUGUUGAUAACUAGUUUUGUAAGUAACCAAAAUGUAACCUUUCCCUCUCCAACAGAUGUCUUGUUGAUAACAACAUUAUCGCCUUAGGCACGCUUAGCCUCACCGAUGAUCCUGAUAACAGGCAUACUUAUAUUCGUCCAGCUCAGUGUUUAUUUUCCUACGAUUGUAGAAUGCAAGGAGACGUAUCCCAAGAAAUGUUACACCUGCACCAGCUUGGUGAGUAGCCGGCUCUGCGGCGAUGAUUUCCGAAAGCUCAACUUCCUCGUGAAGGAUUGCACUCCGGAUAAGAAAUACUGCAUCAAGUUAGUAGAAACAGCUGGGAGUUCUGCAUUCAUGUACAGGAAGUGUACUGCCAACACCUGCGAACAGGAAAAACAGUUCAGACAAGGUCACGUGACCGAAUGUUCCGUUUGCACUACGACGUUGUGCAACGAGGGUUCAACUCCGCACCAGGCAAUGAUGUUGCUCUCAUCUGUUUUCUGGUACCACUAUAUAAACAGCUGAAGGACCACUAACCUAAAAACAACCUCUAUUUAUUAUAUUUUACACAUUAUGAUGUAUUUUUAAUUUGAUCGUAAGGAAAAUAAACAUAAUCCACAAUAUAUUGAAUAAAUAGUCAAUUUUAA